CUUCCCUCCCCAUCUUCUCGCCAUUACACCCAUUCGCCCUUUCCCAUCCUCCGAUCUCCCAUCUCGUCCCUCUAUACCCCUCGCUUCGCGUUCUCCAGACCUCCUCCACCAUGGAGAACCAACGAAUCUCCGACUUCCUCAGCGAGCAGCUCGAACAAGCUCCGGAGACGUCCCAGGCCUCCUUCCUGAGCUUCGAAGACCUCUGGGAGCGCAAGCUAUGGCAUCAGCUCACGGACUCCCUGGUCGACUUCUUCCGCUUACCCGAGAGUGCUCCCCAGCGCCUACCGAUAUUCAAGUCCUUCGUCCUCAGCUUCGCCGACAGAAUCAAUCAGCUCAAGUUCGUCUCGCUGGGUUUGAUGGCAUCAUCAGAGUGCGCUGAUGACCAAGAACGCCUGUCUUUCCUCACAUCGCUGGCAGACAAAGUCAACAAGCCCGAGUCACAAGACGCUUACAUCUACGCCCUUGCCGAUGUCGCCAACGUUAAGCAACGGCUACAAGACCUGAACGGUGCACAGAAGGAUCUGGAGACAUGCCAGAAGGUGCUGGAUACAUUCGAUUCCGUGGAGACCGUCGUGCACGCCUCCUUCUACAAAGUCAACGCAGACUACUACCACACCAAACAAGAAUUCGCCUCCUUCUACAAGAACGCCCUCCUCUACCUCGCCUGCAUCGACCUCGAGGACCUCGGCGAAUCGGAGCGUGCGUCCCGCGCGUACAACCUCAGCGUGGCGGCGCUGGUCUCCGACUCGAUCUACAACUUCGGAGAACUGCUCCUGCACCCGAUCCUGGACUCCCUCACCCAGACGCCGCACAGCUGGCUGCGCGAGCUCCUGUUCGCCUUCAACCGCGGCGACCUGACCGCCUACGACGUCCUCGCCGGCAACAUCUCCAAAAAUCAGCUGCUCGAGCAACACCGCAUCUUCCUGUACCAGAAGAUCUCCCUGUCCGCGCUGACGGAGAUGGUCUUCCGCCGGCCCCCGCACGACCGCAACCUUACGUUCUCGUCCAUCUCCGCGGAGACAAAGGUCAAGCCCGAGGAGAUCGAGCAUCUCAUCAUGAAGGCCCUCUCGCUGGGCCUGCUCAAGGGCGCCAUCGACCAAGUCGCCCAGGUCGCUCAGAUCAACUGGGUCCAGCCCAAGGUGCUGGAUAUGAAGCAGAUUGAGGGCAUGCGGAACCGUCUGAAGGAUUGGGAUGCCGGCGUGAACCAGCUGGGUCACUGGAUCGAGGGCGUAGGAAAGGACGUCUGGGCUGCGUAGACAGCCAGCCAGUCAGAUACCUUUCUGGUUUACUUCCCUUCCCUUCCCCUCUUCCCGUUAUUUGGUCCCCUGACUCGCAUAAGAGCUACCCCAUCAUGUAUGUACGAACAAUUCCUCCGUACUAGAACCUCAUUAUAAUUGAGAUCCAUACGAGACUUGCGGGGUCUUUUGUAAAUAGAUGUAGAGUGUGAAAUUCAAGGCGGAAGAGACAAGACACGAACGACUGGAAACAGACAGAGACCGAGACAGAUGAUAAGAGAGGGGAGAGAGAAA